CCAACUUUUUCUUUCACGCUCAUCUCAUUUUCUUCUGCAGUAACUCUUCUUUCUCUUUCUUAGGGUUAGGGUUUUCCCUCUUCUUCUCCCUUCAUUCUUUGUCCCAAUGGCUCAGCAAGACGCACAAAAUGGCGUGACGGAGAAUGCCGCUGCUGCGGUGUCUUUCCUUGCCGUGAAGCCGCAGCUUCUGGUCGAAGCUCCUAAAGCAAACGACGCUGUUUCCUUCUACAAGGCUGCGUUUGAUGCAGAGGAAGUUGCUCGUGCGCUCAACCCCAAGCGCAAAGCUGACCACGAGCUUCCUCUCAUACUCUCGGCUGAGCUCAAAAUUGCUGGCUCCACCAUUAUCGUCGCUGACCUCGUCGAUGACUCUGCUUCCCCCUUGAAGGCGGGUGGAAACGGUGUCGUUUUGUGUUUGGAGACCGAGGACGUUCAGGGGGCCGUAGCUAAAGCGGUGAGUGCUGGGGCUGUUGUGGAGGAGGAAGUGGCCGAAAUUGAAGGCGCGUGCUGCGGUGGGCGCGUGGUGAAGGUUAAGGACCCUUAUGGUUUUGUCUGGCUCUUGUGCUCUCCUGGGAAGAAAAGUGUUGACGUGGAAGCUUAAUGUGUGUUAGAUCAGUUUGUUUCUGACAGUUGGGAUUUUCAGUUUGUUUUAGUUGUAGCAGUUAUUAGGGUAAUGAUCAGCUUGUCUAGAGAAUGUCUUUAGGAUUUGAGUGAGUUAUUAAUCUAAUGGUUGGGACUCUAUAUGGAGUAUUUUGAAACUCUGGUAAUUUCUUCUUAAUGUUAAUGAUCAAAGCUGACCCAGAAAAAAGUAAUUGGCUUA